GUAAUUGCGGUGAAUCUUUUGUAGCUUGUUUUUGUUUACAAACUGUCAGUGAUUUUCUAUUUAACCUUUUUUCUAUUUAAAAAAUAUUUCGGAUUGAACGUUUCCAUACCGUUCUAGAGAUUUAAGAUGGAAGCAUCAGCAGAAUUUAUUACACCUGUAAAAGGAGUACAUUCUUUAGCAGAUAUGAGAAAAUGGGAAAAUUCUGAUGCAUAUCAUGAAUAUACAGGAUUUAUUAUGGCUAUGAAUGAGGCAGUGAAAGGAAAGAAAAUAUCGGAUGUAACUGUGACAUCAGAAAUGGUUAUUAAGCUCCGAGAACUUUUAGAAACACUGGAUAAAUGGAUUGAUGAGAUACCUCCAGUUGAACAACCACAACGCUUUGGUAAUAAGGCUUUUCGGACUUUUUACACUAAGCUUAAAGAGGAAGCGGAAUCACUUUUGAAAAAGGUUUUACCUGAAAAUCUACAUCCUAGUAUUAUUGAACUGUCUGUUUAUUUAACAGAAAGUGUUGGAAACUCUACAAGAAUUGAUUAUGGAACUGGUCAUGAAAUGUCUUUUGCAAUGCUUUUAUGUUGUUUAUUCAAGCUUGGUAUUCUGAAACAAGAAGAAUCUGAUCAAGUUGUACUUCAUAUUUUUGAUAGAUACUUAGCAUUGAUGAGGAAAUUACAAGUUACAUAUCGCAUGGAACCUGCUGGCAGCCAUGGAGUUUGGAGUUUAGACGACUAUCAGUUUUUACCAUUUAUUUGGGGAAGCUCUCAGCUUAUAGGAAAUAAACGCCUUGAACCAAGAUCCUUUCCUGAUGAAGAUAUUGCUGCAACUUUUGCCAAGGAUUUUAUGUUCAUGGGGUGCAUCAAGUUUAUAAAUCAGGUUAAAACAGGUCCAUUUUCUGAGCAUUCAAAUCAGCUUUGGAAUAUCAGUGCUGUUCCAAACUGGGAGAAGGUCAAUUCUGGCCUAAUUAAAAUGUAUAAGAAAGAGGUACUUGGAAAAUUCCCAGUGAUUCAACAUGUUCUAUUUGGAUCUUUAUUACCCAUAAAACCUCAUGAAUCAUCUCCAGCAUAAGAAUAGAUUUUUUUUAAUUGAAAUUUUUAUGUGUAUAAAUAUAAUUCCAAUUUUUGUUGUAUAUAGCUUUCAAAUUUAUCAAAAUUGUAAAAACAUGAUCUGAUCUUAUGGAUGCAGACCUUUUCUUUUUUCUUUUUUUUCACUGUGCUGUAUAACACCAGUAAUUGCUCCAUAUUUAUUUUAAAAUAAAAAUCAUUGCUGUCUUCCUGUGAAAAUUUGUCAAUUUGUUUAAAUAAAAUUUCAUUUUAAUUCGUCUUGAAAGCCAACCAAAAAGAGAGUGUUUUUCUUGUAUUUGUAGAUCUGAAAAAAAUGUGAACUUUUUUUGCGUGUGUAUGUUUUUUGUUUAAAUGCACUUUUGUUGCAUUGGCAUUUUCAUGAACUAUAGUUUAAUCCAUUGAUCUUUUGAAUAUCAAUUUAUAAUUAUAGAUGGAAAUCAUAAUUUUGGUUUAACACAGGCCUUUUAUUUUAAGACAAAAUUCACUUGGAAUUUAAAGAUGAAAAAAUGAGAUAAAUAUCAUUUCUAAAAAAAUGAGUAAAGUUUAAUGUUUGCUAAAAAUGUCACUGUUCAUUUACAAA